GGAGCGGCGGGAUGCGGCAGGGCCGGGCCGCAGGGCUGGCGGGGCUGGCCGCGGUGCUCCUGGUGGCUGCAGGCAGAGCCCAGGUGCAGCAGGAGCCGUGGGCAGAGACCAGGGAUGGCACCGGCAUCAACAUCACCUGCUCACACCCCAACAUCCAGACUGUCGACUACAUCCACUGGUACCGUGAUCUCCCGGGCCGAGGACCCGCAUUUCUCGUGAGCAGUCGCAAAGACUCCAGACCAGUGUCAGACCCGGAGGGGUGGCUGUGGGUGGCAGCAGACCGCCGGUCCAGUGCCCUGUGGCUCGCCCAGCCCCGGCUUCGGGACGCGGCGGUGUAUUACUGCGCCCUGAGAGCCACGGGGAGAGGAGCCGGGGCUGCGGCCGGGCAGGAACCGUGGCGGGCGGGGCCGGGCGUGUGUGGCGGGGGCGAGGCAGGGGCACAGCCCCCAGGGGGCGAUGCCGCUCCGCCCGCCGGGAUACCUCCUGUGGCUGAUUCCAUUCCUCUGACACCAGGAAAGACAAAGGGUCUACCCCAGAACACCUUUGGCUUGUCUCUCUUGCCUGCAUGGUUGAUUCCUUCUGGACAUGACAAGGCUGUACCAAGCCGGAUCAUACGUGGAUCUCUAAGGAAACAACUCUGUAAUUGA